AUGCUCGAGGCCCUGGACGCGCUUGGGCUCUCGGUGGAAGCGGACAAAGUUGCAAAAAGAGCUGUAGUCGUCGGCUGCGGCGGCAGGUUCCCGAUUGAAAAGGAUGCCAAGGAGGAAGUAAAGCUCUUCUUGGGCAACGCUGGAACUGCAAUGCGGCCAUUGACGGCAGCUGUAGUAGCUGCUGGUGGAAAUGCGACUUAUGUUCUUGAUGGAGUACCAAGAAUGAUGGAGCGUCCUAUCGGUGACUUAGGUGUCGGUUUGAAACAACUAGGUGCGAGUGUUGAUUGUUUCCUCGGCACUGACUGCCCACCUGUUCGUAUCAACGGCAUUGGAGGGCUACCUGGUGGCAAGGUUAGCUUCAUGAACUUCCAUAUUAUACGCUUUUGUACAAACAUUUCACUUGUCUGGAGAAAAAACAAGAUUACUGAGAGUAGUAUGGUGCAAUGCGACCACACAAUAAAUUUGAAAUAG